UUGCACAUCAUAGUACCGGUAAAACAAUGUUUUAUACUCGGGCGUUAUUUGGGCGAAGAUUCAGUGGUCUUGUCCGGCAAUGUUCCACGUCUAGCGGGGGUGGGUCUCGCUGGUCUAGGUACGCCUCGGGUGCGGGUGCCGCCAUUGCUACUGGGGCGUCUCUGGUGGCGAUGUACUCAGCUUACGAGUCAAGAAGAAAUCUUGUGGUGCAGAAGAGGAAAGAAUUCGGCCGAGCCUUUGCAGAACUCCAGGACGAUUACUACACGAGUGAAAUGCACCAGGCCAUGAGAAAACUCUAUGCCUUGAAGAAAAAAGCUGAGAACGAAGGCCGGAGCUGGGAUGACGUGUGUGGGGAGUGGGCUGCUGACGAUCUGACCUUCGCCUUAUCACCUGUUGAAAAACCCUCGGUAGAAAAACAGAUCCGUAAGGAGGAGGUUGAGGAGAUAGAAGAAGCCAGAAGAAAGUGGAGCGCCUUCUACAACAAGUUCCGCUCCCUCUACAAGCGGGGCGUCAUCUCUGAGGAGGAUGUAAAGCUCUAUCAUUUCCCGAGCGACACUCAAAUGAAGGGCUAUAUCUCCGUAGUAGAUGCACUAGAACAUGCCGGCAGUGUCAUAUAUGUCGGAAACGACCACAAGUACAUUUCCAAUUACACACAAGAAAAGGUUGCAGGGUUUUUGGACACAACUUUCCUCGAUGGAAAAUUUGCUCCUUCUAAGGAUAAACUACAGAAGAGGAAUGAGAAGUACUUACAGCUGAGGAAAGAAGUGAUGGAAAAAGUACAAGCUACUAAAGUAAAGUAAAAGCUUAAGAAGAGAAUUAAUUUUUUAA